CUCUCCGCUUCACUCUUAAUCCAUUUUCCCUUUCUGCUUUUUUACCUUCUGUGUUUCAAAUCUAAUGGGAUUCUGUUUUACCUUUACCAUCGUCCUGCAUCAGAAUUAACCCCACCAUAUUGUAAAUUUUUUCUGAUGGGGGGAGGGGCAAGGGGGUAAUUUCCACGUAAUUUCCCAGCUUUUUAGGUGUGGACUUUGCUUUGGGGGUGUCAAAGCCACGAACCUGUUUGGGGAUGUCAGUGAUAUUUUGGAAAAAAAAAAAAAUAAUACAUAUAUUUAAUUUAACCGUACAAAAAACAUGUUCUCUAAAAAAAUAAAAAAAAAACUGCUAGGCUUGUUUCAAUUUAAAGCCCCCCCUGGCUUGGAAACGAGGCUGCCCUGUGUUUUGGGAUUUGUCUAAAAGCCGCUUUGAUCCAUGCCGUUUUGCUGCUAACAUAGACACAGACAGCUCCUCGCUCUUUGUAAGCUGUGCUACGAUUUUUAAAUUUUAAUUUUUACAUGAGGAAAAUAUUAUUAUAAUUGUGUUAGUAAGUUCGAGAAUGCACCAUGAACGGUGGAGAUUUGAAGUUGACCCCAGAAAAUGGCAUCGUGGUGGUUCUUUUUUUGGACUGAAAUAACUUUUAUUGUUCUCCAUUCAAGAAUGAGAAUGAGAAUAAGAAGAAUAAGAAGAGGAAGAUUCUUGUUUUUUGUGGGAGCCACGUGGCUUAUUCAACCUUGCAUGCAACACCAAAACCCCGUCUUUGUGGUUCUCUUUUAACUUUUGGCCGCCCAUUACAAAAGAAAAAUAAAUAAUUAAAAAAAAAAAAAAGAUGAUGUUUGGAAAUUAGUAUCUUGUUCCACCACUUUGUGGGUCCCAUCUAGAUUUUAACUUCCCUCCACUUGUUCUCCACAUUGAGAUCAUAUGGUUGAUCGAGUGAUGCAGAACCAGUAGGGACGGGACCGGACCGGACCCUCUGUUUUGUUCCCUCUUCCAUACGGAGGUUUUAGGUGGUGACCCGACAAUGUAUGAGAAGUAUUGGAAGCAAAUGGGGGACAAGGCCACAAUCGUGAUCCCUGGAUGGCAAUCAAUGAGUUAUUUCUCUGAUGUGAAGAACCUGUGUUGGUUCUUGGAGCCUGAAUUCGCCAAGCAAAUUGUGAGGGUGCAUAAGGUGGUCGGUAACGCCCUGACAGAGGGACGACACAUUGUUGUCGGGACGGGCUCGUCCCAGCUCUUCUCAGCUGCACUCUAUGCGUUGGCCCCGCAAGAUGCGUCGAACCCGAUCAGCGUGGUCUCUGCAGCCCCAUACUACUCGUGUUACCCUUUGAUGACCGACAGCAUCAAGUCAGGGCUCCACAAAUGGGCUGGCGAUGCGAAGGUAUUCAACAAGGACGAGCCCUACAUUGAAUUGGUCACCUCCCCCAACAAUCCUGAUGGCUUCAUUCGACAUUCCAUGGUGAAUAGAACUGGUGGUAUAUUGGUCCAUGACCUUGCUUAUUAUUGGCCGCAAUAUACGCCUAUAUCGUCCCCGGCUGACAACGACUUGACGCUCUUCACUGUCUCAAAGAUUACUGGUCAUGCUGGAAUGCGCAUUGGGUGGGCUCUUGUGAAGGAUGUUGAAGUUGCUAAGAAAAUGACCAAAUUCAUUGAGCUGAAUACCAUUGGUGUGUCUAAGGACUCGCAGAUUCGAGCUGCUAAAGUUCUCGAAGUAGUGUCCGAUAGUUGCGAACAAGCCGGUGGUUCGGAGCAUGUCGAAUCAUUCUUCCAUUUCAGCCAUGCCCUCAUGACUGAGAGAUGGAGGAUGCUAAGGGAGGCAGUGAAACGUAGCGGCAUAUUUAGUUUGCCUGAAUUUUCUUCUGCACAUUGCAACUUCUUUGACAACAAGUUGGGAUCUCAACCUGCAUUCGCUUGGUUAAAAUGCGAUGGAGAUGACGUCGAUGAUUGCGAGAGCUUCCUCCGACGCCAUAAGAUCCUCACACGAGGCGGGAAGCAUUUCGGUGUGAGCCCGAAAUAUGUCCGAAUUAGCAUGAUGGAUCGUGAAGAAACCUAUGAUUUAUUUAUACAAAGAUUGUCGCAGAUCAGGUCAUGACUUCUGAAACUCUGCUGAUCCCUUCACACAAAGGUUUUGGGCUUGCAAAAUGUAAAUUUCAAAAGGAAAAGAGCAAUAUUUAUUAUUAAUUUUUAUUUUGCAGCUCAUUGUUCCAUUUUAUAUUGUACUACUUCAUCUAGUUAGUUGGAAGCCGUUGAAAUCAAUAAAUGGGUUAACAAGGUUUAAAAUA